AUGAUAACAAUUUGGAAAGAUGCUCCAGAGCCAAUUCAAUACAGAGGCAGUAGAUGUUCAUGCGGCUUCUUAUUCAAACUUUUAUGGCCUAUUGUCCUUGUUUUAAUGACAUGUUGGUUUGUUAUUAUGACAUUCUUCAUUGCUCCAAGUUCGAUUCAAUCAACAGACAAACCAACUAUCGAAGUACCAUCGUAUUAUUUCAUCAAAGGUACAUUAAAGUCAUCCACAGAAACAUAUUCAUAUUUAGGUUGCAAUUUCCCAGCAUUCCAAAAGCACAGUAUUGUUCCUCUUAGACCAGCUCCAAUUUUCCGCUCGAUGAUUGAUCCUUACGGCCGUGUAAAUGUUUCUUUGGAAAUCCCCUCUGUUUCUGGCUUCAAAAUGAUCGAUGCACAGGCAAUUAUUCCUCUUUCAUUCCGUUUCAACUAUUAUAGCAAGCCAAAAAUCUAUUCAUACAUAAGUAUCAGCUUCCCAUGUGAAGAAUCUUACAACUCAUACACUUAUACAGGUCAACUAAUGAUCACUCAAAAGGGUACAUUAGUACAAUCAUACUCUUCAUUAUAUUCUCUACUUAAUGGUAUAGAUCCAACAAAUUAUAACGAUGUUUUCUCGAUUGAUCACAUUUAUGAACAAUUUUCAUCCUCUCCACUAGAAGCAUCAUUCGUUGGUACAAAGACAGUCGCAACAAAUGAUACAGCACUUACAGACAAAACAAAAUUCACAAUUAAAUUCUACGUCCCAACAAUUACAAUAGAUAUGCCAUCACCAUAUUGGAAUGUAUUCAGAAAUACAUACAUCCAGCUCUUUUACUGGGCUUGGGUCAUUGUUGCUAUCUUCAGACCGUUUAUCAAACACGCCUACGAAUAUUCUAUUAUUCCAUCAAAGAUUGUUAAGCUCCUUGCACCUUAUUCUAAGGAGAAACAUGACUAA